AUGAGCGAGGACAGCAAGAAGCAGCUGGAAGAGAUGCAGAAGCACCUCCUGGCACGGUAUCGUCAUGGUUCAGUGAGCGUGGUCUUCGAUGUGGUGCCACAAGAAGUCUUGGAUGAGACGUUCAAAAACAAAGCCGGGAUGCCCAGCUGGCUACGGGUGCUGGCUACGUGCACUCCAGAGCCCAUUUGGAGCGGCCCUUCACAGACUGAGGCUCUAGAGAUGAGUUGGGUCAAUGGUCCAUAUGUGGUGGGUCACAGUCACGGCCUCAUCACCGAAGGACAACAACACGGCGAUGAGCGCGAGCGUGUGACCUAUGGAACCAUUCCUUUGGAUCCACCACCCCUGGUCGCCUGCCAGAAGGGAUGUAAAGGCUUCAAGGACACCUCGCCAAACCAAGACAACUUCUCUGUGACCCACUUCAAGAGUGGCUACACCUUGGUUUGUACUUUUGACGGUCACGGGCCCUUUGGCCACAUUGUGUCCACCCGCACAGUCCAGACCGUGCCCUGGUUCAUGGUGAACGAGUCUGGCUUCGACAAGGAUACCAUCGAUGAAUCCGGUAUCGAGAAGGCGCUGAUCAAUGCGUUUGAGAAGGCGCAGAAAGACGUGGUCGCUCACUCCCUCGAGAACGACUGGGACGUGCAAGCCAGUGGAAGCACAGCGGUCGCGGCACUUUUCAAAGGCAACAAGGUUUGGACCGCGAACGCCGGAGACUCCCGCUGCGCGAUCGGAUCCGAGGCGGUGCCUCGGUCGGCAGACCGGUGGAGCGACCGGUCGACGCCGGUGGAGGAAAGGACGCCAAGACGAGCCGAGCUGAAGCCGAUGCGAAAACGGAUUCUUCAGACGGAUUGGAGUGAUGAAGUGAUGACAAAAGACAUCGAAUUAGUGACCAAAGAUAAGAAGGUCAUCUUUGAAACCGAAGAUCACAAGCCCCAGAGCGAAAAGGACUGCGACGGGAGAGCAUGCUUUCCUGCCUUCGUGGAAAAGGCCCGUAUCGAAUCCAUGGGUGGCGAAGUGCGUUCGCAGACGUAUCCCGACGGAUGGGUCAACCAUCGCAUUUUCAUCAAGGGCAAGGACCUGGAAGUGGUGGCGAAGCGACGCGAAGCGAAGCGCAAAACCUGGGACUACCCCGGUCUUUGUAUGGCCCGAACGUUGGGCGAUCAGUCCGUCAAGGACCACGGUGUGGUGGCCACCCCGGAGGUAGAUAUGAUCCGGGAGAAAAUGAUGAAGAUGAGAAAAACUUGGAGGUGGGAGUGGCGUGUGGAGGAGGUUUGCGAAGCAGAAAGCUCCGCCAGGAGCAAAAAGAGGAUGAAGCAGCAGAAGGAGGCAGAGGCCAAGGAGGCCAAGGAGGCCAAGGCGAGGGAGGUACAGGCAAGGAAAGCGGCAGAGAAGGCUGCAAAGGCAGCAGCCAAAGCCACUGCCAAGGCAAAAGCCAAGGCAAAGCCUAAGGUGCCGCGACAGAUGGGGAUAGCCUCGCCCUGGUCUCCCUGCGAUGAACAAGAACGCGAUUUUCUGGCCAGCUUGACAGUACAGGUCUCCGAGGAUCGUAUCAGAAGAUUAAUUCAUAUCUUCAGCGACAUUGCGGAAGAUGUCCAUACCAAUGAGCCCACUGUGAACAUUGACCACAUGAGCCGAAGACAGCGCGCAGACUUCAAAGACAUUUUGCAACACAUGGUGGAAGAGACACGCACCGAAAGGGCUCGGGCCGAAAGGGAACGCGAAGAAGCUGAGGCAGCAGCAGGAACAGCCACUGAUGAACAAGUGGAAGCAGUUCCGCCAGAUCAAGAAGAUGCAAGCGCUGCAGAGCCCACACGUGAGCCUUUGCCACAUCCGCCAGAGGACGAGCUUUAUCAGAAUGAAGAAGAACUGAAGAAUUUCCUCGAUGAAUGCGUUUGGGAAUUCCUCGACUCGCAGUUCGUGGUGAAAGCCGUCGCGAAGAAAAUUCAAUCUGAUGGGCCUGCAAAGACCUUGGAAAAGCUGCAGCGUGAAGCGAAGAAACGCUGGAAGGCGGAAGAAGGCCGCGCCGCUUGCAGCGCGCUGGAGGGACCUGGUCCUGUGGUGUUUUUGGUCGGUUUGGAUCUGGUGUUCUGGAUGUGGUCCUGUUCUAGCUGGAAAAUCCCCUCCAGCCUUGCAAGCGCCACCUGGCAACGUCCGUUUUGGGUCAUCCGAGCAUCGUGUGAGAAUAGAUCAAGCUCGAAAAAGCUUCUAGUAGCUUCUUGCUGCUAG